AUGCGCCUCGGGCCAUACUUGCAAAUUGAAGAUUUCAAUGUCCGAGCUGCCUCACCAGUGUCCUCGAUCACAUCCAGCAGUGGAGAUGUCCGUGGCUCCGACAUCCCUUGCUUGCGAGGAAGACCGGCCUUUGAAAAUCAAGAUCCUGGCGUCUCGCUCCCGUGA